AUGUCGUACUCUCCCAACGAAAAAGAGAAGACGGACUCGCUCAAGGGCGAGGUGGUCGCCACGCUCGAGGAUGGUGUCGGUACCAACACCACCAACGCGUUCGAUCAGCGCAAGGGCGAGGAGCUCAAGCACGCUCUGCUUCCGCGUCACAUGGCCAUGAUUUCGAUCGGUGGUGUGAUCGGUACAGGUUUGUUCCUUGGUACCGCUUCUUCGCUUCACAAUGCUGGCCCGCUGGGUCUGUGGCUUGGGUAUCUGAUCAUGGGUUCCGUCUGUUACGCCAUGAUGAUGUGUCUGGGUGAGAUGAUCUCGUACCUCCCUGUUCCCGGUGGUCACAUCAAGCUUUCCGAGCGAUUCGUCGGCAGGCCGCUCUCGUUCGCUAUGGGAUGGAACUACUGGUACAACUGGGUAAUUGUGCUCCCUGCAGAGCUUUCUGCCGCCGCAGUUCUCAUGUCGUACUGGUCCGACGCGAGUCCUGCCAUCUGGAUCUCGGUGUUCCUCGUAGUAGUCGUCGCCAUCAACCUGCUCGGUACUCGUGCCUAUGGUGAGGCCGAGUUCUGGUUCGCCUCGAUCAAGAUCAUCACCAUCAUCGGCCUCAUUAUUCUCUCCAUCUGCAUCGACCUCGGUGCCGGCAAGCAGGGCCGCAUCGGCUUCCGCUACUGGAAGAACCCCGGUCCCUUCACCCAGUAUCACGGCAUCAAGGGUUCUCUCGGCCAGUUCCUUGGCUGCUUCUCUGUGCUCAUCAAUGCUUCGUUUUCCUACAUUGGUACCGAGAUUGUUGCUAUCGCGUCUGCGGAAGCCAAGAACCCGCGCAAGUCGGUGCCGAGCGCGAUCCGCAAAGUGUGGAUUCGAAUCUGCGUCUUCUACUUCCUGGGCACGUUUAUGAUCGGACUGAUCUGCGCAUCAAAUACCCCGGAACUCACGGCGGGUAAGAAGACUGCGGCUCGUUCGCCGUUUGUGAUUGGUAUCCAGCAGGCGGGCUGGCGAGUGAUUCCAAGUAUUAUCAAUGGUGCACUUGUUACUUCGGCGGUUUCAGCGGCGUCCAGUGACUUGUUCACGUCGUCGCGCGCUUUGUACAGCUUGGCCAUCAGCGGAUCGGCUCCGCGCGUGUUUGCUCGAACCACUCGAGGAGGUCUGCCGUAUGUCUCGGUAGCCGUCUCGGUGGUGUUCUCAUUCCUCUCGUACAUGUCGGUGAGAGAUGGCGCAAGCACAGUGUUUGGAUACUUUGCCAAUAUGACCUCGAUCGCGGGUAUGGUGACGUGGUUCUGCAUCGGUAUCAUGUACCUGCGCUUCCACAAGGCGAUGAAGGUACAGGGCAUGUCGCGCGAUGUACUUCCUUACCAGUCAUGGCUCCAGCCGUUCUGUGGCUACUGGACCGUAUCGAGCACGUUCGUCGUCAUGCUCUUCAGCGGCUGGUCGAUCUUCCUGAACGGAAACUGGUCGACGUCGGACUUUAUUACCAACUACAUCCCGAUCCCCUUCUUCAUCAUCCUGUACCUUGGCAACUGGUUCUACAACCGCAACAACCGCGCUCACAUCCCGGCGAACGAGGUCGAUCUCAUCACGGGCUUGCGCGAAAUCCUCGACGCUGAACAGCCAGACGAGAAACCCACGACCAUCGGCGGCAAAAUUUGGGCCUUCAUUUCCUAG